AAACUAUCAGUUUAUCUUUCUCUGUCUCUUUCACUAUCCAUCCCUCAAUUUAGCCCACAAUCCCUGUGUGUGUGUGUUGUGUAAUACAAAUUUUGUAUGCCAUUAAAAUCGUUUGUAUAGUGCACUGGUGUCGGUUUGAAACACACACACACUCACAGACAGACAUCAAAAUUAUAUACAACGCACUGCUCAGUGAUCUGGAAAAGGCAACGGGACACCUGAAAAAACAGCCGACCCAAACAUCCGGCUGGAAAAUGUCUACACCGGCCGAUAUAACCACUGUAUCGGCGGCACCAAAACUUGGCAAAAACUAUGAAUACUACGGCGGCAAUGAUGAGCCACUGUACCAGAACGACAUAAUGGCCGGUCGGAGGACAGGUGGUGGCGGUGGGGGCGCCAAAUCGCCAGUGACAACAAAUGGCAAUUAUGGGGGACGGGAUCGAACUGAUAGCACUCAAGUCAAUCAACUGAUCUAUAAUCUCGAACAUAAUCUUCAUAAUCCUCAUAGUCCAACACACGUACAUCACGUACACAAUAGCCCCAAAUCGUCGCCGACACCGUUCACACAACAACAACAACACCAACAACAGCAACAACAACAACAGCAACAGAAUUAUCACAAUCACUCAAAUGUACCGCUCGGCCAUCGGCCAUAUCAGGCCAGGAUUACCGAUACGGACAGCGGUUUGCUAAUCGAGUCCUACAAACCGAAAUGUCAAGUAAACAGCAGUCCGAUCAUUAGUGAACAACCGAGAAAAGGUAUACUAAGUUCACCGAAACAUGUCGUACAUAACCAACCGACAACCAGUACGGCAUCUAAUGCUACUCAAGAACUCGAUGACCUCAUGGCAUCGCUAUCGGACUUUAAGAUGAAGGACAGACCUAUGAGUAACUCAGACUAUGGCAAAGUAGUAUCGCCUAAACAACUGACAGCCGUCACCACACCGGGCAGUCAUCAAUUGGAUUCAAUUAUUGGUAGUCUGCAGUCGGAUAUGAGCCGUCAUGGAGUCGACACUGCGGCUAAAGGUCACUGUUCGGCCUGUCAUAAACCGAUUGUCGGCCAAGUGGUAACUGCAUUGGGCAAGACGUGGCACCCGGAGCAUUUUACAUGUCUGAGCUGUGGCCUCGAGUUGGGUACCAAAAACUUUUUCGAAAGAGACGGCAAUCCUUAUUGUGAAACUGAUUAUCACAAACUGUUUUCGCCGAAGUGUGCCUAUUGUAGCGCUUCCAUACUUGACAAAUGUAUAACGGCACUAGAGAGGACAUGGCACCCGGAACACUUUUUCUGUGCCCAUUGCGGCAAAACUUUCGGGGAUGAUGGCUAUCACGAAAAAAACGGAAAGCCCUACUGCCGACAGGACUACUUCGACCUGUUUGCGCCCAAAUGUGGCGGCUGUAAUGCGGCCAUUACCGACAACUACAUAUCGGCACUCAACACCCAAUGGCAUCCCGAGUGCUUUGUCUGUCGGGAUUGUCGGUCACCAUUUCAAGGGGGCAGCUUUUUCGAUCACGAGGGACAGCCCUACUGCGAGACCCACUAUCACGCCAAACGCGGGUCACUGUGCGCCGGGUGUCACAAACCAAUUGCCGGCCGAUGCAUUACGGCCAUGUACCGCAAGUUUCAUCCGGAACAUUUUGUUUGUGUGUUUUGUUUGAAACAAUUGAACAAGGGCACUUUUAAAGAGCAAAACGACAAACCCUAUUGUCACCCGUGCUUUGAAAAAUUGUUUGCAUAAUAGUAUUAUUAUUAUUACUACUACUACUACAACUACUACUACUACUGCUACUACUACUAAUAAUAAUUUAAUAAUACUUAUGGUAGUUAUUAUAAUAACGAUAUAAUACUGUAUGGUCGCAAUUAUGUUUAUAUCAUAAAAAAAAAAUUAAAUAAAAUAUUAAAUGGACACACAUUUUUAUUGGGCACUGUUAGGUCCUAUUUUUACAUUUUCUUUAUUUGCUACUGUUUUCAAUAUACUGUACUUUCAAUGAUUAUCACUUAUAUUAUAUAUAU